CGACCAGACUCGUAAAAUGGCGGCGCGCCCGACUGUUCUGCUCUCCGCGCUCAUCUUCUGCCUAUAUGGGUGUCAUGCAGCUCGGGGCGAGUGCAGCAACGUGACGCUGCUGUCCACGCAGGUGGACACGCUGCUGGCGGAGUACGACCGCGACGCGGCGCCGGCGCAGCGCGUGCUCGUCACGCUCGCGCUCGACGUGCGUCACGCCGCCGUGGACGAGCCGCGCGCCGUCAUGCGCCUGCUGGCCGACCUCAAGAUGUCGUGGCAGGAGCCGCGCGUGAAGUGGAACGCGUCGGAGUGGGGCUGCGGCACUGCGCUGACGGCCGUGGAGCGCCUGUGGCGGCCCGACAUCGAGCUGCUGAACGCCGCCGCCACCAACCUGGGCGACGCGGGGCUGCGCGCGCGCCUCGACGCCGUCGGCGCAGUGUACUGGAUCUCCCGCCUCGACGUCACCGUGCCGCUCGACCUCGCGCUCCACGACUGGCCCAGCGACGUACAAUCCUGCACCUUCAAAUUCGGAUCCAGAAUCUACAAUGAUGAUGAGUUGGUCCUGGACAUCAGUGAGUUCAAACACGCGGUGGUGUUCGAGGCGGGCGCGUGGGAGAUCCAGUCGGUGUCGGGCGCGGCGGGCGCGUGGCGGCGCGGCGACGCGGACGUGAGCACGGCGGCGUGGACGGUGCGCGUGAGCCGGCGCGCGCCCGCGCACGCGCUCGCCGCCGCCACCGUGCUGGUGGCCGCCGCGCUGCUGCUGCUGGCCGCCGCCGCGCUGCCGCCGCUGCAGCGUCCGCCGCUCGCGGCCGCAGCCUCCUUCAUAGCCGCGCUCUGGAUGAUCACGACGCUGGUGCGGCUGCCGGGCAGCAGCUCGUCGCCGCGCGCGCUGGCGGUGAUGUGCGGCGUGUGCGUGUGCGGCGCGCUCAGCGGCGCGUGCGCGGCGCUCGUGCUGCGCGUGGCGCGGCUCAGCACGCCGCCGCCGCAGGCGCUGCGGACCCUGCUCUCCAGCCUCUCUACUGUGUGCAAGCUCACACCAUCCCCUGAGUCGUGCGGGUCGUCGGAGAGCGGCGCGUGGGCGGCGCUGGCGCGGCUGCUGGACCGCGCGCUGUCGGCCGCGCUGCUGCUGACGCUGUUCGUGCUGCUGGCCGUGCAGCUCUUCUAGCGGCCCUCGACGACUCAGAGCAGCCGGCGGACCACGUCAGUGCUAACUCUAACACUCUAGGACAAACUAGAAAAGUGAGUCGAUUGCGCAGUGCGGUGCUGUGCCCCAUUAUAUAGGCUUUAGGUGGUUUAAUAAGUACAUCCUUCCUGUAAAUAUCAGUGCAAAUUAUUAUUAAUAAAGUUUAAGACCUAA